AUGAAAGCUCGCAGUCUGUACACUGCAGGUUGGCGAUGGUCUCGGAGACCGCUCGCACGCCCGCUAUGCUUCGAUAACACCUGCCGUGCAGCCUCCAUAGCUUCGGCACGUCUCGACCUCCAGGGCAUUGACGCGAAAUGGCGCAAGAGAUGGGCGGAGUCUGCGAAGGCAUCCACGGAACGAGACGUUGGCAAGAGCAGGGGCAAAGGAAAGGCAUAUGUCCUGCCCAUGUUCCCGUAUCCAUCUGGCACGCUUCAUCUCGGUCACCUUCGCGUCUAUACCAUCUCAGACGUCCUGGCACGCUUCAAGCAUAUGCAAGGGCAUGAUGUGAUACACCCGAUGGGCUGGGAUGCCUUUGGCUUGCCGGCAGAGAAUGCGGCAAUCGAGAGAAGGGUGGACCCGGCUCAAUGGACUGUGCAGAACAUUGCGAAGAUGAAGGAGCAGCUGUCGGCCAUGAACGGACGCUGGGACUGGGACCGGGAAUUCAUGACUUGUGAUCCUUCGUUCUACAAGCACACCCAACGCAUAUUCCUCCUUCUCCAUGAACGAGGCCUGGCAUAUCAAGCCGAAUCGCUUGUGAACUAUGAUCCGGUUGACCAAACUGUUCUAGCAAACGAGCAAGUCGAUGCCAACGGCUUCUCCUGGAGAUCCGGAGCCAAAGUCGAGAAGAUUAAGCUCAAACAGUGGUUCCUCCGCAUCACCGAUUUUAAAGAAGCUCUCUUGGAUGAUCUAGAGAUUCUCGGCAAAGACAACAAGUGGCCAGAACGAGUCCUGUCACAGCAACAGAAUUGGCUUGGAAAAUCUCAAGGCGCUAGGAUCCAGUUCCAAGUCAUCAGCAAUGCGGGCGAAGCUUCAUGGCCAGCUGUCGAAACCUUCACCACUAGAGCAGACACGCUCUUCGGCGUACAGUAUCUUGCACUAUCGUUGAGCCACCCUAUCGUAGCACGCAUGGCCAAGUUGCUACCGGAAUUGCAAGCUUUCAUUGACGACGCACCCUCACUGCCUCCGGACUCCAAGGCCGGCUUUCUACUUCCAGGUAUACAUGCCCAAAGUCCUCUGUCAGGUUUUGCGGGCCCCACCACGAAAGUGCAAGAGCCGCUACCGGUCUACGUCGCACCCUAUGUGCUCGAUGACUAUGGGUCAGGCGCAGUCAUGGGCGUGCCAGGUCACGACAGCCGUGACCAUGCUUUUUGGAGAGAAAACCAAGGCCGCAAACCGAUCUUGACGGUCAUUGGGCCCUCGGAUGGCUCGCCGGCCUCUUCGUUCCUGGUUCCAGGCGAGAACGAUGAAGUCAACGAAAACAAGGGCAUCUUGACAAUGGCUUCGGGGCCAUUCAGCGGGUUGACCUCUCAAGACGCCAUCCGUCAAAUCAUCAGUGCACUCCAGGAACAGGGCCUCUAUGCUGAGCAAACUGACAACUGGCGUCUGCGAGAUUGGCUUAUAAGCCGGCAGCGAUACUGGGGUACACCCAUUCCCAUUAUUCACUGUGAGUCAUGUGGCCCAGUUCCAGUGUCCACGGUCGACCUACCUGUCAAGUUACCCCAGCUAGAGCCUGGUCAGUUCAAGGGAAGAGGCGGCAAUCCUCUCGACAGCAUUCCCGACUGGGUCAACACCCCUUGCCCAAAAUGUCAGCAUCCGGCCAAGCGUGAGACUGAUACUAUGGACACCUUCAUGGAUUCCUCUUGGUACUUCUUUCGCUUUGCCGAUCCGCACAACAAAGAAGAUCCUGUCUCACCCGAGGCGGCCGAUGCCAACCUGCCCGUAGACCUAUACGUUGGUGGUGUUGAGCAUGCAAUCCUCCAUCUCUUGUAUGCGCGCUUCAUCUCCAAGUUCCUCGCGACAACGCGUCUGUGGCCCAGUGGCGGCGGCCCGAAAAACCGGGGCGAGCCGUUUAGGCGUCUCAUCACCCAAGGCAUGGUACACGGUCGUACCUACACGGAUCCAGCAACCGGACGCUUUCUGAAACCCGAAGAAGUCGAUUUGUCAGAACCUGCUUCGCCGAAGAUCAAAGCUACUGGAGAGAAGCCGAACGUUAGCUUUGAGAAGAUGUCCAAGAGCAAGCACAACGGUGUUGACCCAGGCGACACUAUAGCCAAAUACGGUGCUGAUGCCACCAGAGCGCACAUGCUGUUCCAGGCUCCCGUGAGCGAAGUCCUGGAGUGGGAGGAAGACCGCAUCGUUGGCAUCCAGCGCUGGUUGAACCGAAUCUGGCGAGUUGCGCAUGAAGCCAGCGGGUGCACGCCAAGUGAAAUUCAUCGUCCCACCCCGGAGGAGAUGUCAGAUACCGAGGCUGAGCUUUGGCUGACGACGCAGAAGACCAUCGAGUCCGUCACAACGUCCCUCUCAUCGACAUAUACACUCAACACCGUAAUUUCGGACUUGACCAAGCUCACGAACGCAUUGGCAUCCGUGACUCCUUUUCCACUCGCAAGCAGUUCCACUGGUCGACCUCCAGCCGAUAAGGGCGUUAGCUCGCGCUUGUUCACCGAUGCUACGAGCAAGCUGCUCCAGAUGCUUGCACCGGUCUGUCCAGCCUUUGCGGAGGAGUGCUGGGAGGUUUUGCAAGCUUCCCAGGAUACCAAUCUCCGCAGUUCCAUCUUUGAUUCUGGCUUUCCAGCCGUUGACGAAGAUGCAAUCCGAAUGCUUUCCAGCCGCGAUCAGCCUUGCGCGGUUCAAGUGAACGGGAAAUUGCGCUUCGCCACGAAGGUCCCCGUGCCCCCAGGUGAACUGCUGGAGGCUGGGGCGGAGCAGAGCUUGGAGGAUUGGGUGGUUAGCAAGAUCGUAUCGACGGAAGAUGGCAGGAGGUUCUUCAGUGCGGAUGGGAGCGUCAGAUUAGAGGAAGCUACGAAGAUUAUUGUGGCCAGGCGCGGACGCACGGUCAAUUUUGUGAUUCCGAAGAAGAAGAAAGGACAGUAA